UUGGAUGGACUAAAGACUGGUGAAAAGCUUGCUGGGGUGUCAUCAGAGCGGAGACAGGGCUGUAUUAAGAAGGACGUUGGCAGGCUGUGCAGAUCGUUGACCCAGGCUCAGAAGAUCAACAUCCAGAAUGGCUACCGCAGGCACCUCAGGGCUGGGACGCAAAAAGAAGGCUCCUGGUCUCAUGGAUCAGAUUGGCAUGUUCUUUGGAGGGGAUAAGAAGAAAAGAGGAAAGGGUUCAUUUCGUGGUCACCUGUCUUCCUCACCCCCAAGACCUCAGCAUUCCUCAACCCGACGCCGUGGAGAUGUGAACCCUGUCGUUCAUUUCUUCAGGAGCUUUGUGUCCUCUCCUCGCCCUAAGUCAAGGUGGAGGGAACUCUUCGGCCUGGCUCCACCAUCAGCCCGUGGCACAGAGAGUAUCAGAUCACCUCACAGACGCCGCAGAGAACAGAACACACUCUCCAGAAUCUUCAACCUGGGAGAAAGUAGAUCUCGUUCUCCACCCAAACGCUGGAGCACCAUCUUCUGAGCCCUCGACUGACACGGGAACGAGACAGAUGGAAGAUAAGGGAAAGGAUAAGAAGGAGAAAGGAAAAGCAGAGGGUCUCUGCCUUGUGGACUCACACUUUGCUAUAUGUUUAACAAACUAAUAUUGGCCACCUCCGCUUAUUAGACAGUGAUACAAUCCUGCUAUUGGAAAUUAGUCAUCUAUAGAGUAACAGGAACAAGGUGCGUUUCAGGGAGGUUCUGUGGUCAUGUGACAUAUAAUGUUUAAAUAUAUUGGCUUUACUUAAGUGCCUUAAUAGAAAUUAGUAUGCAAUAUAAAUCAAAAUCACCGUCCUUUAUCAAUAAUGCAAUAUAUAUACUUAUUCCAGUGAAAAAGCUCACACCAAAAAGUAUCAAAUUGUUGCACAUGCUACCAAAAUGACAACUUCCAUGACAGCACAAUAGCCCACUUGAGUUUUAAAUAUGAAAUAACAGCAAUAUAAUUAAAUAUCAAGCCGCCUCUUACUUGAUUUUAAUUUGAAAUGUAAUACAAUAGCUAUAUCAGUAAUCAAGUCUCUUUUGUCAUUAAAGAAAGUGUUUUCAAUCACUGCAUCAUUACUCCAUGUGAAAUUUACACUGAGUGUAGUUUUUUUUUUUCUUUGAUACAUUAUUCAAUUUCAUACUUUAAUCCAUGUAAUACUGUGAGAAAUGAUUCCAGGUUGUUUUAUGUAAGUGUAGUACAGUUUUGAAUAUCGUGUGUUCUUUGUACUUGUCAAAUGUCUUGUCAUGUAUAGUUUGUUUCUAUGUCUAAAAUGAUUUGCAUAUAGAACUUUAAACUGUGUUUUGCCACUUAAGAGGUCUUUAUAACAUCCAAUAUAUGAUGUAUAUUAUUAAUGCAUGACAAUAAAAUAUCAAUUUGUAUAACAUUAAUUAGUAGAAUUAGUAGAAACAACUGCAACUGAUACUAAAAUUGUAAGUCUCUGAACUGGAAAGCCAAAUCCAAGUCAGCAGAGAUGUCAUGAAAUGCCCUUCAAUUGCACUGAUGUAGUAAAAAUAUUUGUUUUAAUAGCUUAGAAAUACAACGAGUGAUAUUUUAUUUUUACAUAUUUACUUUUCAUUACUUUUGCAUAAUAUAUCCAAAACAAGAAAGAGUUAAAAAACAAAAAAUCAGGAUGGCAGAGUUUUAAAAGUAGCGAAGGUGGAAGAGAGCAAAUGAAAAGUGAAAGAAGGACCUAAGAAAAGAAACAAAUGUCAAUAAAUGAAUGGAAAGAAUAGAGAUGAGAUGAGUGAGAUUGAUUUAAUUUCGCCUAUGUGACAGUACCAAGCCUUCUGUUUAUAACGUGUCCUCAUAUUGUGUUUGGUGUCUCUCUGUUUAUGAAUGAGUGCUGAACAUAUAAAUAAAAUUCAGUUAUUCUGCCCGUCA